UGUGUGUGUGUAGAGUUUGUCAGUCAGCAAUAACAAAGAGAGCGUGGGAAAGUGGACAACCUCACAAAUCGUCCUUUAAUAGUUGUUUUCUGUUUCAUUUUCUCAUUCUUAAAAUAUAAAUGAUCUGAUUUGUAAACUUGGGAACUUAAUUAAGAGGUCAUUUAUGUUCAUUUGUGUUUACUUGUUAACUAUUGUUGUAGCUGUCACUGAACAGUUUUUCUGUCUGUGGCAGAGUCAAGAGAGCAGCACAGACAGACCGGCCCUGCUGGAACUGGACAGAUUUGAGAAGUUGGCCCUCCAGAGGAAAGCAGUGGAACUGGAGGAUGAGCUAAAGGUUCUGGGGGACCUCAGAGCAGACAACCAGAGGCUCAAGGAUGAGAAUGCCGCCCUCAUUCGAGUCAUCAGCAAACUCUCAAGAUGAACCUAGAGGAGAAAGGAAAGAAAAAGGAAAAAAAAAACCUACAUGGGGAUAAAAAAGUAUUACAUUCUUCUUUUGCCCAACUCAGAAGACACAAACCAGGAUGGGAGACGGCAGCAUCAGACACCUGCACAGCACAUUCGACUAUUCAACAGUAACUGGAACAACGUGUAGAUUUCAGGGUUAUUCGCCUGUGUUUGGGCCUUUAUGUUUUGGCAGAUCUACUGUAUAAACAAGCUGAACUGCACCUCCUGUGGACUGACAGGAUGUUCCUGUUCACAUCCACUUUUAUAUUAAGUUUUUAUUGUAUUUUUUUAACUGGAAUAUUUGUGCUUUGCUUCUCUGAUACUUUGUGUAAAAUCUGUAUUAAGAGACUUAAAGCCAUGCACAGUGCGAGCUCGCAGUAAUGUUUUAGAUAGCUUUCUUGACCUCUGAGACAAAAAAAAAUGCCAGUCAGGUGUUAAGGGGUGGUUACUAGAGAAAAAAAAAACAACAAGACUUCAAUGUGCCAAAAACCAGCCCCAGAUUUGCAUGUCCUUUGGGAAAAACUCCAGGUGGUCAGUGUUCUCAGGAUGAGUCUUGGGUCGAUGCUUUCUGUUUUAGCUGACUGCUGUAACGGUGGACCAAAUUUGCAUGUUCAUUUCUCCCUGCUCCUCUGAAUGUAUAUUUAACAUGUAUAUUUAUGUACAGGGGUCAUCUGUCCUGACAGUGAUGUAAAGGUGUAGUUGUGGUCUCUGUUGUAAAAAAAAAAAAAA